GGUUUGCUGCUGCUCAACGAUGUUGUGGAGUUCUGAAAACCAGCGGAUCUGCCUCUGCAUUGUUUUAUGUUGUGUAACCAGAGCAGCAGCAGUAAUCCAUAUAUCUGGAUAUGAAGGCAAAAGAGUGACUAUUGACUGUCCCUACGAUGCCGGCUUUGAGUCUCAUGAGAAGUACCUGUGUAGGAGCAAGUGUCAACAGGAUACAGAUACUCUGAUAAAGAGCACAGAAGCAGCAAAGGGCAGAUACUCCACCGCUGAUAACACACAGAAGCGUAUCUUCACUGUAACCAUCUCUCAUCUAAGUUUCAAGGAUGCUGGUAAAUAUUGGUGUGGAGUGACCAAGUUUGGACCUGACACCUACCCUUCAGAAAUCUCACUGAAAGUAGAGAAAGAAUGGUGCUGUGUGAAGACAAACAUGAUGAGCGGGAUUGUGGGAAGUCCCGUUACAUUGUCCUGUCCUUAUCCACCACAACACCGGGAUAACAGGAAGUUUCUCUGUAAGGGAGACCACCGUGACAAUUGCACUGAUUUAGUGACCGGUGGAAGCAGGUUCACCCUGCAAGACGAUGUCUCUUCCAGCUCUUUCUUGGUGAUGGUCACAAAGCUGGAAGAAAGCGACGCAGGGACGUACUGGUGUGGUUCAGACUCAAAAUGGAGUGCUGGGAAUUACACCAAGAUUGAGCUGUCUCUGGAGUGGUGCUGUGUGAAGACAGAAAAGAUGAGCGGCACUGUGGGACAUUCCUUCGUUUUGUCUUGUCCCUAUCCACCACAACAUCGCAAUAACGAGAAAUUCCUUUGCAAAGGAGAACACCGUGACAAUUGCACUGAUGUGCUGCUGAAUCACAGCAGGUUCACUCUGCAAGAGGAUGAGUCAUUCAGCUCUUUCUUGGUAAAGAUCACGAAGCUGGAAGAAGGUGAUGCAGGGACCUACUGGUGUGGUUCGGAUUCAAAGUGGAGUGCUGGAAACUACACCAAGAUGGAGCUGUCAGUAGGUAAGGCAGUGGCUAUCUUUUAA